AUGCUCCUCCGUCUUCCGACUGUUGCAAAGUUCCAGCUCAAGGGACCUUUGCCGGCGAUCGAUCGUUCAGUAGAACCUGAUAAAAGAAAGCGGCCCCCAGUUGCAGAAAAGUUUGAUCAACGUCAAGAAAAGGUGGAGGAGCGCUCACGACCAUUGAGAGAAAUGGUUGUGGGCAGAAUUUCAACCGUGAGAUGAUAGUGUGAAAAGUCGAUAUUGGUUAUUUUUAGCCACAAAAAAACUGCGUGUCUCAACUGAAAUAGAAAUUUUAGAGACUUUCAUAGAAAUUAACAAUACCCUCACAUCAAAACUGAUACUUGAAAAUAUUAUAAUACAGAUUCAAGUACGAACAGUCUAUUGAUCUCAAUAUUUUGAGAUAGAAGUAUUGACUGGAUGCUCCGACGAACAAGAAGAAGUUUUGGCUCGCGGCGACUUUUUUUGUGGCGAGCUUUCGGAAAGAGAAAGACAGAAGGGGAAUAUCGCUUUGAAUUUAUAUUCACAGAAAUAGUGAAAAAAAUCUGAAAAUUCGUUUUGAAAAAGAAAAAUACUUAUAUAGUAAAUUUUAUCAAAAAAAUCAAAAAAAUACUUUUUAACCGGUAUAUGUCAAAAGAGCUGCAAAAAAAUCGAGCUAGGAAAAAGUGAGCUGAUGAAAAAAAUUGCCAGCGAAAAAAACUGCAAGCGAAAAAAACGAGCUGCGAAAAAUUUUUACCCACCGUUGGCAAAAUUGUUGACUACAUAUUGCGCUCCACUGAUAACGCGCCAAAGACAGAUCCCGAAUUCUAGGUAAUUUUUUUCUAUUAUUUUUUUAUUUUUUUCUUGUUUCUUACAUCCCUCUUCCAUUUUUUUGUUGUGAUUUCGUGCAGAAAAAGUCUGCUUUCAAUGGAAUCUGAAGAAGGCAGGCUAAAAGGGUUUGUAAGCAAGCUUUACCAAUAUAUAUAAAAAUAUAAUUCAGGGCGGUUAGAAGCAAUCAGGGGGAAUUUUUGUCGUACGAUGAUGAGAAAUAUGAGUACCGUUUUCGCAACUUCACGAGAGAUAAAGUAAAAAUUGGUUUAGAUAAAAUAAACUUACGGUAUGUCAUCGUGUAUUCGCAACUUUUUUUUUCUUUUUUUUUUUAGUUGCAAUCGAUCAAAGUGCACAGGAAGUGCAACUUUACUUGAAGACCGCAGCAUCCAGAAAAACGCUCCUCAUACGCACCUACCCGACGUUGGAUUAAUGGAGGUUGAAAAGUACAAAAAAAAAAUUAAACUUUGCAAACAUUUUAGAAGCGCCUUUUAAUAAGAAGGUUGAAAGAAGAGAGAUUGACCGGUGCUAGCACGAAAAUGGCGGUGACAAACUUGAUGACCACUAUCACAAGCGACGCUUUUCGAUACAUAGCAGGUCCGCGAGUACUCUAUCGCAUCGCGAGUAAAGUUGUUGGCAGUUUCGGACAGCAAAAAUACCCUUAUGAUGACUGGGAAAAAAAUUUAAAAAGUAAGUUCUAUGAAUGAUUUUUUUCAAUUUUUUGUUUAGAUUGCGUAUUUUCGUCUAAUCUUUUGUCCGUGACCGACGCCAUGCAAGCAUUUGUGGUCAUGCUGCCCAACCUCGGCCGCGAUUUGUUGUCAUCGGAAAGCGUUUGA